AUGGUGAACACUCGCAAGGGAACCUAUCCUGACAAGUCCUCUAAAGAAGUGCUUGAAGCCUCGAGUUCAAGAGCAACUGUGCAUGGUAUACGAGUUUAUUGGAGGUGCUUUAAAAGUACUCUGCCACAAAGACCUUAUAGAAUUCCUUCUGAGAAAGCACAUGCAGACAUUCGUAGUGGUUCGACUCAAUCGGUACACGAAGAAAUAGUUUCUGGGAAUGUUAUGAAAGAUGCUGAAACUGCAUCAACUGUAUCUGAGGAUCAUCUCUCUGCCAUGGACUCUGAUGACCUAGAUGAUGUUCCUCUGGUCCAAUUAGUGAAGAAGGUUGCUGCACUUGAUGUUGUUCCUGAAAAAUCUACUGAUCAACCAGGACCAUCGCUUUAUUCUUCUCCAAUUCAGUCUCCUACUCCUGACAUUGCUGCUCUGUCUGAUUCACAUGCUACUCCGCCGGCUGCAUCUAGCGUACCUGUAGGAGGAACUGAAGCUCGGAGUGAAGAAACCCCUUUUGAUAAUGUCGAUGAUGUUGAGCCUGUUGCCCCUGGUGAUCAUAAUGACAAAGUUCUUGUUGUUGAUACUGUCGAUCCAAGAGCUCAACAAGAAACUCCAUCACUUCCUACAGAAUCAAAACCAGUUAGGAAGAAAGGUCAACAAAUUCGACGAAACAUUACUAUCAAAGCUAGUAGAAAGGAAAUUCUUCUCAAUAUUCCAUCAGUCUCAAUUGAUGGUAUAUCAUUUUAUCUUGAGGAAAACGUACAGCAUUGGAAAUCUGUUGUGCAACGGAGGAUAGCAGACAAGGAAAAUAUUUCAGACAAACAUCAUUCAUGUGUGAGCAUUAUGAAUUUGAUUGAGAAGGCUGGAUUAUCUAAAACUAUUUCUGACGUGGGCCCGUUUUAUCCUCAACUUAUGAAAGAAUUUAUAGUUAAUUUCCCAGCUGGUUUCAAUGACCCAAGUAGCCCAGAUUAUCAGACGGUUCAUAUUAGGGGCUUUAAAUUUACAAUUUCUCCUACUGUUAUAAAUGGGACAUUAUCCUCGUGGCCUGUGAAUGGUAUACCUGCAGUUGCUCUAAGUGUUAAGUAUGUCAUACUGCAUAAGAUUGGUAUUGCCAAUUGGUUUCCUUCAUCUCAUGCCUCUAGUGUUUCUGCUACGUUAGGCACAUUCUUGUAUCACAUCUGCAAUGAUGACAAGGUAGACGCUGGUGCAUUUAUCUAUAAUCAACUGUUAAGGCAUGUUGGAUCAUUUGGGGUUAAGCUUCCGAUUGCUCUACCAAGGUUCUUUUCUAGUUUACUGCUACACUUAAAUGCUGUUGUGUUAACCACCUCGGAUGCACCUGGCCCUGAUCCUAAGACAUUAACACUGAGCUACAGACUCUUUCAGGGCAGUUAUGUGCCUGACAUAGAUCAUGAUGUGCAUUCGUCUCAAGGGCCUCGACUGUUUGAUAUGACGGAUUGGGAUGAAGCUACUGAUGGGUUCUUUGUUGAUAGGGAAUUGGAUUCCAGAAUUCUUAAUUCCCUUACAACCGAGUCUCAUUCGCUAUCUACUGCCAUUAGUCUGAUGUCUGAAAGGCGCUUGGAAAUCGAUUCUCUUAUUCGUCAUCUAAAGAAUUUUGCUCCAUCCUCAAGUCUAGGGGACCCUAGUGCUAAUUGA